AGGGCUCCGGCCAUGGCGAAAGGCUCGGCAUUGGUGACGGUCGGGCUCGCCGUGGGCGCGGCAUGGUACCUGACGAAUGUGGCCUUCCCAGGUGAGUCCUCCCAACCCACAGCCCAGUUCGCUGACGCCUCGCGGCCGCGCCUCUCGGCCGCUCCGGGGCGCCGUAAAGCUGCCAAGACGCCGCCGCAGCGUUGCUCCGGAACGCGUCAUGACACCUGGCUCCUGCAAAACACACCAAAGAGAGAGCGCGCCGCCUUGCCGCGAAAACCGCAAAACGCCGCCCCCCCAUAUAAAAGCAAAACACCCAAAACGCGCGCACGCCGACGCCGCCGCGACAAACGCAGGCAAGUUCGGCGCCAAGGAGGAGGCCAUGAGCAGCGAAGAGAUCUUGGCGCGCUACGACAACUACUACAGCGGCGCGACGGACUGGGACACGGCGCAACAGCCCGCGCACGACGAGCACAACAACGCGGCUGCUGCUGAGAGAUAUUUCACCUUAAUCACGGACUUCUUCGAGUACGGCUGGGGCGACGCCUUCCACAUGGCUCCGCUGCGGCCCGACUGGUCCUUCAAGCGGUCGAUGGCGUAUUGGGAGCAGAAUUUCGUGCUCACGGCGGGCAUUCAACGGGACAUGAAAGUAGCAGACUUAGGCAUGGGCAUCGGCGGUCCCAUGAGAAGAGUGGUCGAAUUUACGGGCGCCAACAUGACGGGCGUCACGAUCUGCCAGCACCAGGUGAACCGCGCGAACCAGAUCACGUCUACGCUGCCGGAAUACAUCCAGGACCGGACCGAGUACCUGGUCGGGGACUACAACGACCUCCCUUCGUCCAUGAAGCCUUCUUCCUAUGAUGCGGCUUACUUUAUGGAGAGUCUCUCGCAUUCCGAGGACCGAGCUAUUCCUCUGGCGCAAGCGGCGAAAAUCGUCAAGCCCGGCGGCAUCGUCGCCGGCUGGCAGUGGAUGCUGAAGCCGGCAUUCGACUACGACAAUCCUCGCCACAUGGAUUUGAAAAGAGGCAUGGAGUACGGAGGCGGUCUCAGGAAUUUGAACAAGCCCGACGCGCGCCACGAGGAGUACAAACGGGCCGGUCUGGAAGUACUACAGUCGUACGACAUGGGCACCGACGCCAUAGAAAGGGGCCACCUCGGCUGGUGGAAAGCCUUGACGACCGGUGUUGAUUUGCCUUCAAGAUUAACGUCGUCCCACUGGGGCCGCAAGCUCACGAUGGGCACGGUGAAAAUCCUGGAGACGAUCGGUGUCGCGGAGCCCGGCACUCUAAGAACCGCGCUCAUGUUGGAACACUGCGGCUUCUCGGCGGCCACGGCGGGCGAGCUGGGCAUCUUCACGCCGGCCUGGGUGACGAUCGCGCGCGUCCCUACGAACAAGAACGACAAGGAGCAUCAGAAACGCAUCGAGGGCCUCCAGGCGACGAUCGACCUCGCGCUCAAGGCGAAGAAGUAGCCGGUGCUCCCUUCCCUCUCUCUCCCCGCUUUGAUAGCGUGCGGGGACUAAUUGAUAUUUACCGGGA